AUGACAGUCUGUAUACCUACACAAGAUGGCGUCCCAUACAUCCAAUGGAUUAAUUAUGUAUUUGGCGAUUGCGCUUACAGCACACAAGAGGCCGUCAGUUUACUGCUUGGCUACGCUUCUAUAUUGUUCUGGCUAAAUGCCCAGCUACCGCAAGUGAUAGAGAACUACAAGAUGGGAUCCGCAGAUUGUCUAAGUCUAAAUUUCUUAUCCAUAUGGCUAGCAGGGGAUACCGCUAAUUUGAUAGGUGCACUCUUAACACAUCAAUUGCCUUUUCAAUUAUAUCUUGGAUUCUACUUUGUAUCCAUCGACAUUUGCCUGUUGUGCCAAUGGGUUUAUUACAGCAAAAUCAAAGCCAAGCAUCACGAUGACUAUCUCAUUAUACCCUCCUCAUCCACCAACGAGAUCAUCAGCACCAACAAGCAACAAACAGACAUAUUUCAACAUCCAGCACAAACUCCCUUAAAUAUCCAUACAUCUACUAUCAUCAUUGACGAGUUAACGCCAUUUUCAUCCUCUGCAUCACCAUCCAAAUGGUACACACUCGACACUAGCACUGAAAAAAAACAGGCGUCCAAGUUUAUGGCCAUGUUGCUAUUCUCUACCUGGUUCCUCGUGCCUAAUGCCGAUUUGAGCACCAUGUCUGCUACCUCUUCAUCUGUAUCGUCAUUCUCUCUGUCCCAAGACAACAUCGUCUGGUUGGGCCGUCUCUUUGCAUGGACAUGUACAUCUCUCUAUUUAAUGUCUCGUAUUCCACAAUUGUUGAAGAAUCGUCGUCGCCAAUCAGUGGAAGGGCUUUCUGCAUCCUUGUUUGUAUUUGCAGUGUGUGGUAAUCUCACUUAUGCAAGCAGUAUUCUCAGCCAUCCUGGACAAACCAUAGACUCCCUGUUAGAAGCGCUUCCUUACUUGAUUGGCAGUGCAGGCACAUUAAUAUUCGAUUUCUCCAUCUUUUGUCAAUUUUUAUACUAUAAGAGGAAAGACAUUUCGCUUGAUAAUAAAAUUAGCCAACAAGUUUAA